UACUUUUUCUUUUUUAACUGUACUUAUAACAUACGUAACAAAAGUGAGAGAAGAUAUAUAUAUACAGAGAGAGAGAGAGAGAGAGAGAGAGAGAGAGAGAGAGAGAGAGAGAUAUAAAAAGUAAAUCAAAUAAUUAUGCCAAAAAUCAUGCGAGAGAUGAUAAAAAAUUAAUUAAAUGUAACGUGUAUCAUGCGAAGAAAUUCGAGGUCUUAUAAUAAUUCGUACAUUUCUACAUCGACCGAAGAGGAUUCUUCACGAUCGAUUGAACUAGAUCUUUUAAAUCCUAGGUAUAUUUUUAAACAUGAAAUUUAUUUAUUUUGUUUCUCAAAUAUCGAAUUGAAUUUUCAAAGAAAAACGCAACUUCGUCAACAUUCGAGACAGUUUUUGUCAUUUGAAACGCAAAAUAUCGAUUCAGACGUUACACCGAAUCUUCUUCAAAGAUUUUUAAGCGAUCGAAGCACACCUCGAUUGGUUAAUCGCCAAUGCGUAGAAUCAAAAUUACAUUCGGGAAAGAAAAAGUUUAUCACGGCGCAGGAAAUUUCAAAUAGUCAAUUUACUUCGCCUUCCGAUAAAAGGAAAUAUGAGUACAAGAUAACUUUCGCAGAAGGGAAAAAAUCUUACGAAUGCGACAAGAAAGAAGAAGAAGAAAAAGAAGAAGAAGAAAGGAAAGUUGAGAGCAAGGGAGAUCUCGCGAAACUUUGGUAAUUAUUCAAAGAAGUUUCAGCCGAUUUAGAUGCGUGCAGAGGCGAGAAUAAAAAAGUGUACGGCACGCUAUCAUUAAAAAAAAUUCGUAUGGUUAAAACGCCUAAUGCGUUCUCCUGACAGUAGGAAGGAAAAACGUACGCCACGAAUUGUAAGGGCGGUACGUCGCAACAGCAAAAAAUUGUAUCAAGAAGAAAACGUUAAAACGGCCUCAAUCGAACGUCCAAGUAAUAGUAAAAGUAGCGUCGUUGUCUUGUAUCAAGGAGGAUCUUUCGAGCCACCAAAGACAUUUUCAAAGCAACUUGUUCGACUUUCAAAAUCUGAUCGGUCCGUUAUUCGAACAUCGGAUAUCACUUCAGAGCCUUCUCCUGUUAGAAUAAAAUUGAUCGAGAGUCCAGAAUAUCGAUCACCACAUUAUUCGAUCCCACGAAAAAGAAUUACUUCUAGAAGAUAUUCUCGAAUAUCGAGACAAUCAGAACCUUUGAACGUGAACAUUUAUCACAAGAGCAGAGUGGUACAAGUUACACCUUCAACGAAAGAUCACUGGACAGCAGCCGAAAGACCGAAGCAAACUGAUCCAAUCAAUAGCAAAGAUCCUGUUUCUAGUCACGAAGAAGUUUUUAGUUAUAAACUUGAGGGCUGUCAAAGAAUAUUAGAAAAGGCUUGCAAAAGUGAUAAGCAUUUAAGAGAGAAAUGUUAUUCUUCUAACUCAUAUAACUCGAAGUUGAUGACUCAAAGUGUUAAAAAAAUAUCGGAGGACGUUCGUUAUAGUACAAGAGAACAGGGUAAAGAAGAAAAUAUGAAACACUCUAUGCUGUCACCAAACUUGAAUUUCUUGGUACAAAAUAUGGAUGCGCAAACGCGUCCAAAUGAUAUAAACGAUCAAACUUGCAUUAGCAUGAACGAUAUCGACGAAAGUAGAAGAGUUUUUCCGUUUCAGGCAACUCCUAGUGGGAAUUUAAAAGUUAUUCCAAAUCAGAUCGUUUUCGAAUCUAAAAAAGUCAGUGUAUUAGUGGCAGAUCCACGGCACACGAAGGUUAACGUUAAGGCAGAGCUCAAUAAAUCUAAUAUCAACGUGAAUAGAUCUAUUUCCGACCUCUCACCUAAGCACAGUUUAAUCGAUCUUCCUCCAGGAGUGACAUCGUCGGCGAUCAAUCAUUUACAAGCUCAUAAAAAGUUACCCGAUAUCCAAGUAGAGUAUAAACCAAGAACACAGCCAUAUAAAGCUAAAGUACAUCAGCCAGAGAUGGAGCAGAAUCAAUCAAUACAAGCUACGUCUAAUCAAGUUUCUCCGAUCCAAGAAGUACCUCUCUCUUCGCUCGGUUUAAUGCAAGAGGAACCAAUCGAUUGGAAUAGUGUUAUUCUUCCGGAAAAAACUGAUUUGUAUCAAGAAUUAGCUAGGCGUAUAACGAAUUAUAAGAACGCUGAUUGCAUUAUUCAAAUAGAUCAGGAUGAAUUUCACUGUCAUCUUUUAGUUCUUCAAAGCUAUAGUACGUUCUUCGAUGAAAAGAAUAGUAAAGAAAUUGACUUGACUGAGAGCACUGUAACUUCGAAGGCAUUUUCCAUCAUCUACGAUUGGAUGAUUAGUCCAACGAGUGAAAGUUGUCAUCUUCUACGUAGGGAUAACAUUUUGGAGAUCUUUACAGCUGCUCAGUACCUUGGCAUUAAAGAGUUAGAAGAACAAUGCUGGGCUUUUAUAGAUAACAAUGAACUUUUUUCGGAGAAUACUGCAUUUAUAUUAUAUAUGGAAGCAAAGAAGAUUAAUAAUACUGCCGUAAUGGAAUUAAUGGUUCCUAGAAUCAUGAAGUUUUUUUUGAUGCUCGUCAGUACGAAAGAUUUCUUGGAAUUGUCCGUAGACGAAUUAUGUCUUCUGUUAAAAUCAAAUUAUAUUUGUGUUAAUAGCGAGAUGGAGAUUUUAAUGUCUGCUGUAAGAUGGUUGAUGCAUGAUUGGGAGAAUAGAAAAAAACAUAUGCUGGAAGUAUUGAAAUGCGUUAGAUUUGGACUUAUAGCACCAUGGCAACUCGUCGAUGUAAAAAGAAAUCCUGAGAAUCCUGAAUUCAUGGAACUGAUGUCUUAUCCGGAGAUACAGAAAAUGGUAGACGAUGGUUUAGCCUUUGUUAUUAUCAAAUAUUGGUAUGGCAAUCAAACCGAAGAUUAUUAUCACUGGAUCGAUUUACUUGGCCUGUCAGAACCAACCAACCGUAAUUGGGCCGGAGAAGAUAAGAAUUACGUGACAUAUCGAGAGUUCUUAUUAUAUCUGGAGGAAUAUCAGAAGACAAAAAUAUCAGAAUUAAAAGCUAGCAAGCAGCAAAUGAAACCAAAUCCGCCUAAUUCACCUCCCAAGGAUUAUUGCCAACCAACUUAUCAACAAAGUCAUUGUCAAAGAAGUUGUUUGGCAACUAAUAUGGGAAGAGCUUCGAAAUAUUGCACGUCCAAAGUAUCAUCCAGUAGUUAUUUACCUGCAGAAUCGUCAACCGGCAUAAUGAUGACACCGGAAAUGUUAAGCGUGUACCUUAACAGCUUGGAUAGAAACGACGGGAAGGUGAAUGAUAGAGUACAACAGGAUCAAGAAAGAAAUAAUAAGCAAGUUAAUUUUGACGUUAGACCCAACGAUGACGCAAAAUUGCAAAAGAAAUCCUGCGAUCCAAUCAAAAAUAACAUUGAACAAUUUAAUUACGAGACUCAGCAACAGAGUAACACAACGAACCUUUGUUACUAUCGACAACAAGAUUCGUUAAUAAAAGAGCAGCUGAAAAAAUGUAAGAAAACGAGAUAUUCCCAUGAAAAGGCAACUGAUUCCUCGAAGUCUGAAGAAAAUGCAGCUACUACGAUACAAGCUAUGUAUAGGGGUUAUAAAGCUAGAAGGAAAUAUGACGAAAUUAAAAGAACGUCAUUCGAGAAGAAGCAGAAUACGAAAUGCAUUGCUGAACUUUUAUUAGCACCAGUAAGUCAAAAGCUUUAUAAGCCUUUGAAACCAAUUAAAGUUUCAAACAGUUUGGCCAGUCAGAAAAACAGAGAAAAUAGAAUACAGCAAAAUACAAGCCCGCGAAAGAAAGAAGGAAAUCAUUCGAAUUUGUUGAAUCAACAGAGUGUAUCUAAGGAUCUUGAAGGACUUCGAUUCGACAUGUUCUUGCAUGAAACAUUGCCAAGUGAGCAACCUAUGAAAAUGUCUUAUAACAAUUUAUCGAAUUCAGUGGAAGUCCCAAAAUUAAUAAAGACGAUAAAGUCUCCAACAUUUUUCAAUAAUUGCAAUGAAAUAACGAGCUCUUUUUCACAUUCGGAAAAAACUGAUCCUGAUGAUCCCUUCUCUCCGAGAAUAUGUAUGUCUACACAUACGGCUAAUAACGCAACAGAAGAAAACGAUGUUAUCAAGAAAAAUGGAAUGCAUUAUCAAGGUGGAGAUAAUAUACAACAAUUUUUACCGAAAUCGAAGAAAGUUCAAACUUGUGUUUGUAAUUACAGGAGACCAUUACCACAAAGAUUGAGCAACAGUUUUUUAGGACCUAAUAUUGACAGUUACUUUUUGGAUAAUUCUUUAUUUUAUCCUGAUCGUGAAUCGAUCCUAGUCUUUGGUGGUGUCGAUCCUCAUGAGGGAUACGGUCAUCCUGGAAAUACCGGUAAGGAUAUUUAUAGAUUCAAACCAAAUGAAAAUUUAUGGGAAUUCGUUGAAGAAAUUCCUGAGCCACGACAUCAUCAUUCGGUUGUUUACCUCAAAGGUCGUAUCUAUCUAGUAGGAGGAGCGGAUCCUCGAGAAAACAAUUCUCAAAAAAAGAGUAUCGUAGUUGGAACGGUAUGGAGCUACGAUCCUACUACUAGAGUUUGGUACAAUGAAGAAGAUAUGUUGACGCCAAGAAAGAAUUUUUCUCUUGUAGUCAGCCAUGGAAAGAUGUAUGCUAUAGGAGGUCAAGAUAGAAACGGAAUAGCGUUGAGGAGUGCCGAGGCCUUCGAUCCAUUGGAAUCUACAUGGAAAGAAAUACAACCUAUGUGUACAGCUAGGGUGGGUGCUGCUGGUAUAAAAUAUCGAGAUUUUAUCUGGGUUGCUGGCGGCAUGACAAAAUCGAAGAAAGAACUAUUCUUAAAGAACGUCGAAUGUUACGAUCCAAUAAAGAAUUCAUGGCUAAAAAUGGAACCAUUGAAUUCACCAAGAUGUUUCGCCACGCUUUAUGUCGUUUCCGAUUGUCUUUACGCGAUUGGAGGUGCUUCGACUACAGAAAAUAGUACCGAUAGCAUAGAUCGCAUUGAUAUUUGGGAUCCUCAUCUUUGCGUAUGGAAGGAAGAAGCAAAAAUGUCGAUUGCAAGACACGGUCAUUGUACAGCAUCAAUAGGUGCCCAGUUAUUAAUAAUUGGUGGUGUAACAACAGUCUUUAUGAAGACAUUGAGUAGCGUUGAAUGUUAUUGCUGCGAGCAGGGCAAGUGGAUAAGAGGCGUGUCACCUCUGCCUUAUGCCAUUUCCGGUCACAGUACCGUAACAUUACCUCCGGCAAAUCUUUUAAUUGACUCUUGAUAUUAUGUAGAAAGCGAAUUAGAGAGAGAGAGAAAAGGAGAGAGAGAGAGAGAGGCAUUCAACAAUUAUAUGUUUUUAAUAUCGAAUUCAUGUGUAUAAUUUAUCAAAUUAUCUAUACGUUGAUUUAUUCGAAGUUGAAGUGAAUGUGCCUGUAUAAUAAAGAUUAAAAAUCAUAUCAAACUUCAUCGAUUAAUCUUGAAACUAAAACAAAAAG